GGAUAUUCUUGUUCCAUUAUCAGGAUUCCUCAAAACUUUUAUUUUGGGGCUGACGAACGAUAGGUUGAGGCAAUUACAUUUUGUUCAGUUGUGAACCGAUAGUCAACAUUGGAGAAAGUUGUCAAAAUCUCAUCUCCGUCCUUAAAGAUUUUUACGACGUUUCCGACAGCCAUAAUUUCAAAAGGGAAAUACCAAUGGGGUCUGGUGGUGGCUCCAUUGGUUGGGGGCAAAAGUUGUCUUUCGGCACCGGUCACGUUCUCAACGAUUUGUGCGCUAGUGUGUGGUUCAGUUAUCUCCUCGUUUAUCUUCAAUACGUCCUCCUGAUCCCUAGUGCGCUUUCAGGCAUUAUCUUGCUCAUUGGCCAAAUUGCUGAUGCCAUAGCCACACCGUUGGUAGGUAUUCUAUCUGAUCACGGCCAGUGUUGUUGCAUCGGCGGACAAAGGUUGUGCAAUUACGGAAAACGGAAAAUAUGGCAUCUUACCGGUUCGAUAUGCGUCAUCGUUUCGUUUCCGCUCAUGUUCGUUGGUUGCAUGGGCUUAUGCGAGCACUCAAAUGGCAUUGGCUAUUUAAUCAUCCUUAUAGCUCUUGUUUGCCUCUUCCAGUUUGGCUGGGCAGCUGCCCAAAUUUCUCACCUUGCCAUGAUACCCGAACUAACGCAUGUUGAAGCGGAACGGGAUGAGCUCAAUAUCAUCAGGUUUUCGUUUGAUAUCAUCACCGAUAUAUUAGUAUACGCCAUUGCGCUCAUCAUUUUUUCACAGAGCAGCCAUAAUUUGUCUCAAGUCACAUCUGAAAGCGGCAUUGAUUUUAUGAUUUUAGCGUUAUCAAUUACUGGCAUCGGAAUCAUCUUUACGGUCAUCUUUCACGUCGGUGUUGAUGAAAAGCCCAUCAAAAUUGAAAGACCUGAAGCCUUAAUGGGCACAGCAGCCGUUUCGUUGAAAACUCAGUGGUUGGGAUGGUUUUACAACUGGCAUUUCUACCGAGUUGGAAUAUUGUACACGGCAGCCCGUCUGGCUCACAACACUUCGAUCGUCUUUGUGCCGCUUUACUUACAAGAAACUCAACAAUCAGCAGAAAUGUUGGCUUUGAUUCCUCUGGUGAUGAACAUCGCUGGACUUCUCGGUUCCGGUCUCCUCAAAAUCACUAUCAAACUGUACGGCAAAAAAGCUUCUUACGCAAUGGCUUCUCUUAUGGGAUUGAUCAGCUGCAUUUGGCUCGUUAUCGACACAAACUUGUCGGAAAAUGCCGCAACGUUGGAUCCCUUGUUGGGACCACCUUCUUCGGACAAUGCACAAUUUUACUUGCUGGCUUCAAUGAUGGGUGGUGGGGCUGCUAUGGUAGUUAUCUUGUCUCUCACGUCCGCCGCCGACCUUAUCGAUAGCAACACGGAAACGUCAGCAUUCGUCUACGGUUGCAUGAGCUUCUGUGACAAAAUGUCUAGUGGUAUCGUCGUUGCCGUUAUCCAGGGACUGCAUAGUUGGGUCUGCGAGGAAGGUUGUACUUAUUUCUAUGCCCAGGUGCUCAUUUACGGUGUCGGUAUUCCUUUCAUCUUUGUCAUAAUAACGAGCUUGUUGGGACCUAAAACACAAAGUGAGCAACUUGAAGGGAGAAACGUGAAGAGCUAUGGAACUUGUCGGACCGAAGAGACGACUUCGUUGAUCGAAUAUGUUCACUGAACAAGCCAAUAAAUUUAUUUCAACUUCCAAGAAUAA